CACGUCAGAGAGGUUUAUUAUUGGUAGUCUUACAGAAAAAUCGUUAGUUUUGUCAAGCUUAUUAACUUUUUUUGCUUUUUUUCUUCUGUGCUUUUCUGCUAAGGUGUUUAAUGGAUUGAUUUACUUUAUUUACUCAUAUCUUUUUACCUGUGUCUGACUCUCCUCGACCUUCGAUAUUCAAAUGAUUGGCUGACCCAAAGAUUUGGUGACCAUAAAUCGUAUUGUUUUUUAUUUCAUACAGUCGUUCCAACGCCAAAGCUCAGGCCAUCUUGGUAUCCUUAUCAACAAUGACUACUAUCAGUAGAGAGCGUGCAAUAUGCAUGUUCUACCAUCUAGAUUAUGACAAGACUAAAGCCAGUGAACUACUCAAUGCUAUUGAAAAACUAGAUUUCGAAAUUUGUUAUAAAGAUGAUCCCUGUAAACCAUUUCUGCUAUAUACAAAUUCCAUAAAAGCAGAUCCGUAUAAUUAUCUUACUUAUCAAAAGAUAACUGAAGCUCCUGAAAAAAACAAUCAAAGUGAAGUUAAAACGAAAAAAAUUGGUAAAGUUUUAGUCAAUCAAGCUCAGCUCAUAAAUUUUCUGAACACUGUAUUAAUACUUUCAUUUAUAAAUGCAAACAAACAAAUAAAGAAAAUGAGGAUAGUCUGA